CAUGCAGCCAAGGAGGGUUUAUUGAUGAGGCCUGAAAAUAUUUCUCCUCCAUGAGCAGUGACCAUGGAAUUUCCCAUGGAGAAGAUCAUUAUGCAUGCAUGGUAAAUCUACUUGGCCGAGGUGGGCUGAUUAAAGAAGCAGAGGAGUUAACAUUGGCAAUGCCAUUUAAACCCGGCAUGCUGGUUUGGCAAACCCUGCUUGGUGCUUGUCAACUUCAUGGGGAUAUUCAAACUGGGGAACGAGCUGCAGAGCAUGCAGUGAAUUUGGAUAAAAAGCACCCUUCAAGUUAUGUGUUGCUAUCAAACAUGUUUGCUGGCUUGAACAAUUGGCAUGGCGUGGGAGAUUUAAGAGAGCUAAUGGAGACCAGUGAUGUAAAGAAAAUUCCAGGAUCCGGUUGGAUUGAGGAUCUGAGAUAGAAAAAGACUUCUUGAUCCAUCCAGCAUACUGGAGAUGGCCGUCUAGGGAGGGAUUGCUUAGUCCGUCUCGCAUACAUUUGUACCGCUCCCAAACAUGCAAUGAUCUUGUCUAAAGGCCGAGGAAAGGAAACAUGUCAUCCCCAUUGGAGUUAUAGCCUACAAGGAAUGUAACCGUUUGAUAACAAACACGAAAGUCCCAAAAAGAUAUACGAAACUGAGAACUCCCAGGCUUGUUUCUUAAGGCCGAAUAUAUAUAUGGAUUUGGUUUAGUGGAAAAUUCCUCAAGUGGAAGCUGCAUGGGAUUUGCCGUAGAGGAGAGCUUGGGAUUUUUUUUUUUUC